CGCGCCCGCGGAGGCAGCCCCGAGAUGCCGCGCCCGUCCGCCGACGGACCGGGCGCCCCCCCGGAGGCGCGCGCCCGGGGAGGCGCGCAGAGCAAUGGCCGCCCGUACCUCGCCCAGAGCAAUGGCCGCCCGUACCUCGCCCGCCCCCAGGCGGAGCGCGCCCGUACGCCGCCCGCCCAGGAGGAGCGCGCCGCCAUGGCCGCCGCGCAGAGUGCGGCCUACCGCGACGCCGUCGAGCAGUGGCGGCGCCUCGAGGCCCGGCAAGAAGAACGACGCCAGCGCCUCGAGGCGCGGGCGAGCCAGGAGGAGCGGCGCGUCGAAGCACCCGUACACCAGGAAGAAGCGCCGCCCUCGGCGAGCGAGCCGCCGGCCUGGGUGCGCGCCCAGGGCGCGCCGCCGGCCUGGGCGCAACGAUUGGAAGCAAGAGUCCAGGCCGAGGAGGAGCGGUCCUGGGGCGCGCCGCCGGACUGGGGCGAGUCCCGGCCCUGGGCGAGCCCGCGCGAGGUCGAGCUGCGGCUCUGGCUGAGCGCGAACGUCGGCAGCCCGGCGCGGCGCCGCGCGGUCCUGGACGUGGCCGAGUGCCUCGACGAUUUGAGGUACUGCGAGUGGGACGCGCUCGAGCACCACCUCGCGCUGGCCGACUGGCCGGCGCUCACGCGGCGGCGCUUCGUGGUGGCGGUCCGCGCGCUGCGCGCGGCCUCGCCGCCCGACUCGGCCGCGGAGACGCUGGCCUACGCCUGGGCCGACGACGCCGAAGGCGGCGACGAGGCCUGGGCCGCGCGGGCCGACGAGGCCUGGGCCGCGCGGGCCGACGCGGCGGCCGCCGCGAACGACCGCGCGCGGCGCGAGCGCGUCGACGCGGCCAUCGCCGCCAUGCCGCGCGCCCGCUCGGAGAGCGUCUCGUCGGAGUCGAGCGACGAGGCCGCGCGGCGGCGCCGCCGCGGCGACGACGCGGAGAGCGACUCGGACGACGAGAGCGACGGCGCCAUGCCGCCGCUCGAGGACGCGGCGGACGGCUGCGUGCCGCCGGUGCCCUGGCGCGCGGAGUCGAUCGUGCGGCGCCUCGCGGCGGCGCCUCCGGACGAGGCCGCGUGCUGCCCGAUCUGCCUGGACGCGCUCGGCGGCGACGUCGUCGAGAUGCCCUGCCGGUGGCUCGAGGACGAGGACCGCGCCGUGCCGCACGCCUUCCACCGGGACUGCGCGCUGGAGCUGCUCAACGCGUCCGCCUCCCGGGGCGAGCGCGUGCCACGGUGCCCGACGUGCCGCGACGACUUCCCCCCGCACCUCCUCGUCGCCCACCCCGAGGACCUCUAAGGACCCGUAUUACUCCGCUUGGUGACUCGCUACGGGCAUUCCCCACGCGCUUCAAGUUCGAGCGUUGUUCUAAUCACAAUCGACCGACUUGCCCGUCUCCGCGGACCAGGGUGCGGAGACGGAGCACCGGGAAAGGCUCACGCCGCGGCACGUCGGCGGCGGCGCGCGGCGCGGCGCUGGCGCUCCCAGUCGGCCUGGCGGUGCGCGAAGAGCGCGACGGGGUCGCUCCGGU